AUGUCUCAACUCUCAAGCUGGAUUGGUGGACGUGGUAGUGUUGCCGCUAAAUUAUCGCCAGGUCUGGGUCUCUACGGUAGAGAGAGAUCAGCAAGCGGGAAACGGAAGAGUGAACUUGACCGACCCCGACCUCCUGAGGCUACUGAGGCUCCUGAGGCGUCGGGCAGCGGCGUCCUUGUCGGUGGGCGGACAGCGGUCGCGCGGGAAACAAGUGGAAUCCGGGAUUAA